AGCAAGAAGUGCGUGCCACUCGCCCUCACUGGAUUCAAACCCUUUCUCCCAGACGCGGCUACUAUAAUUAGAGCUUCCCCUCUUUCCCCCAUUCUUCACUUCUCUCCCUUCUUUUGAUUUUGAUUUUUCCCAGAUCCGACUCAUCAAUCGCCUUCAUUUCUAAUGGCAUCCAUUGCCGACGGUACCAGAUCCGCCUCCGAUACCAACGGCAAGGCCGCCGAUCCGGCGGAGAAGCGCCGGACGGCCUUAAUUACUGGCAUUACUGGUCAGGAUGGUUCCUACCUCACCGAGUUCCUUCUCGAGAAGGGCUACGAAGUCCAUGGAUUGAUCCGGCGAUCUUCAAACUUCAACACUCAGCGAAUCAACCACAUCUAUAUCGAUCCUCACAAUGCUCAUAAGGCUCGAAUGAAGCUUCACUACGCUGACCUUACCGACGCCUCCUCUCUCCGUCGAUGGCUCGAUAUCAUUCUCCCUGAUGAGGUUUAUAAUCUCGCUGCUCAAUCUCACGUUGCUGUUUCUUUUGAAAUUCCGGAUUACACUGCUGAUGUUGUCGCCACUGGUGCUCUCCGUCUGCUUGAGGCCGUUCGAUCUCACAUUUCUGCUACUGGCCGUAGCCACAUUCGGUAUUACCAAGCGGGAUCGUCAGAAAUGUUUGGGUCUACGCCGCCGCCUCAGUCGGAGACGACUCCAUUUCAUCCUCGAUCCCCUUAUGCUGCAGCGAAAUGUGCUGCGCAUUGGUAUACUGUUAAUUACCGUGAAGCGUACGGGAUCUUCGCUUGUAAUGGGAUACUAUUCAACCACGAAUCGCCACGCAGGGGAGAGAAUUUCGUGACGAGGAAGAUCACACGAGCUGUAGGGCGGAUCAAGAUUGGAUUGCAGAGCAAGUUGUUUUUGGGGAAUCUGCAGGCGUCGAGGGAUUGGGGUUUUGCAGGGGACUACGUGGAAGCUAUGUGGAUGAUGCUGCAGCAAGAUCAACCCGAUGAUUACGUGGUUGCGACGGAGGAAUCACACACGGUGGAGGAGUUUUUGGAGGUUGCAUUUGGGUAUGUCGGAUUGAAUUGGAAAGAUCAUGUGGUGAUCGACAAGAGAUACUUCCGGCCGGCGGAAGUUGAUAAUCUGAAGGGUGAUGCAAGCAAGGUGAAGAAGGUAUUGGGAUGGAAACCAAAGGUUGGAUUUGAGAAGCUUGUGAAGAUGAUGGUGGAUGAAGACAUUGAAAUAGCCAAGCGGGAGAAAGUAUUGGUUGACGCUGGCUAUAUGGAUGCUCAGCAGCAACCUUGAAAUGCAUCAGAUCAGAUAGAGCCAACCCAGAAAAACUACUGUACGCUGCAAAUUGCCCGAUCUUUAAUGUUCAAUGCAACUUCAUUGAAUAGAGUAACAUAGCUCGAUUUUCAGAAUUCAUUGUCUUUGUUUUCCUUUGUGUUAUUUAAGCAAAUAUAAAGUUCUUUUCACAGUCAGUUAUUACAUCUGUUCUCAACUCAGAAAAUAUUAUUAAUAAAUACACUUCACUAGCUAAUUUUUUU